AUGCGGAGGACAACCGAGACCCAGCCAUUAUCCAGCACUAAACACCGGCCACGUGAAGCAGCUCAUCUUGAGCCGUCAGACGAGCACCCUUUCCGUGAGAAGCUGACCCUGCAGAAGGUGCCGGUCACCAACGUAGUCAUCUGGGCCCUGGCCCUGCUCAUCCUGUGCCCCUCAGCUGUCACACUGACUGUCCUGAGGGAGGGGCACUGCUCCAUGGUGGAUGCCCACAGCCGCUCCUACCCGCUCUACUCGUGCUGGGAGGCCUGGCCUGAGAAGGGCAUGGGCCAGGUCCACACCACCUUGCUGCUCGCACAUCUAACCGGCAUCCUGACACUCCUCCUUGUGGUCACGUAUGCCCACAACGUCCACAUGCUUGUCAACCCUAGUCCCAGUUAAGCGGGUGAGGAGGCAGCCGCUGAGGGCAGGCGGGGGCCCCAGCGCCAGGCCAGGGUGGUGCACAUGCUGAUCGUGGUGGCACCCUUCACACCUUCCAGGCCCCCGCUCUGGGUCAUCGACUAUGGGCAGCUCAGGGAGCCGCAGCUGCACCUGGUCACUGACUCCUUUCCCUUAGCCCACUGGCUGGCCUACCGCAGUACCAACCCCAUCAUCUAUGGCUACUUCAACCAGAACUUCUGCCCUGGCUUCCAGGCCACCUUCCAUGCCCAGCUCUGCCCACUGCAGUGGGGGAAGCCACAAGGAGCCUACUCAGAAGGGCCCUGCGGGCUCCUGCAUACACGGGUCUUGGUGGAGGGGCAGCCCAGUGACUCCAGCCUGCCCUCAGAGUCGGUCCCCAGCAGCGGAGCCCCCAGGCCUGGCUGUCUCCGGCUGCUCACUGGCUGGGUGGCACACCAUGGCUUGGCCUAGGAGGGCCCUGGCUGCUCCCCUCUGCCUCUCAUCAAACCAGCCUAGGAUAUUUGA